UGUCAGAUUAUAUUUGCAGCCCGUCUGCAAUCACAGUUUUUAUUUUUCGGUGUUUUUAUCACUCCUUCUGCACCCAAAUACCGCCCAAAAUGCACCCCUAGAGCGCUCAAUGAUACCAACAAUUGGAAAAUAGUGUGAUAAGACGAUGUGGAAGUGCAGAAAGUGCGGCAAGAGUGUUUACUUUGCCGAACGGAAGCAAUCCCUGGGCUAUGAUUGGCACCCGGAGUGCCUCCGGUGCGAGGAAUGCGGCAAGCGACUGAAUCCUGGACAACAUGCUGAGCAUAAAGGAGUGCCUUAUUGCCAUGUUCCGUGCUACGGCGCUCUGUUCGGGCCGCAGCUGUUCGGCCACGGGACGCGCGUGGAGUCGCACAAGAGCUUCGGCCAGAAUCCCAAGGGAGACGCCAAGCAGCUGUCCAACGGGCCGGCGAUCGUGCGUGAUCAGCUGGAGGGGAAGCUCAAGGUGUACAACCAGUUCUUCGACAAUAAGAGCAUGGAGAUCCGCUCGCGGGAGGUCAACGGCCGGCUGGUGCUGGAGGGCGCGCUGCGCGUCUACUGGGGCGUGCAGGGCGUGAUCCACCUGAAGGAGGACGACGAUCAGCGCACCGUGGUGACGGUGCGGAAGCGCAACUCGUGCCGCUACAGGAACUCCAUGGAAGUUGAUCCCAUGAGCGAGUUCACGGACACCGCGGCCACGCUCGUGAGUCCCACGGUGGACAUGAGUGCGUCCGUGACGUCCGAGGAUCUGUCCACGUCGGACAGCACGACGUGCGACACGUGCACUUGGUCAGAGGAUGCGGCGCCGAACAGCCAGAACUCGUCCAAGGACGUGUCGCCAACACAGAAGUGCGCCACGCUUCCGCCCAAGCUGGACGUGAAGCAGCUGGACUGGGACGAGAUUGACGAGCUGCUCCAGGUGGAGCGGCGCGUGGACGACUCCGAGAGGGCCUUCCGCACAAUGCCAUCGCCACUGCCAUCGCAAUCCAGCACGGAGGCGUCGUCCGCGCAAACCCUGUCGCAGGACUUCACGCCGGAUUCGCUGAACACGCAGGACUCGAGUGAGGAGCAACUCAUCACGGCCGCGAGCCACUUCACGGAGGACACGGGCGAGGACAGCACGGAGUGCAGCACACUGAAGCCGGAGGACUUCGAUGACUUCAAGAAGCGCAUCGCCGAGGAGUUCAUCAAUGGCGCCAACAUGAUGGGCAGCACGAACGACGGCACGCUCAAGUCCAACCAGCCGAUUGAUCCAUCGCGCAUCAACGACUCCCUGAAGCUGUACAGUGAAAAUAUUAUGAGCCAGAGCUUCAAUGGAAUGCCGUCUUCAAUGGGCAGCGAGUCGUACGAAAUAGGCGAGUACACUCGAUUCCAUAUCAAUUGCUUUAAUCUCCAAUGGCGAGCAAAGUACCGCGCGAUUUAUUUCGAGAAUGCCUUCAAGCCAUAUGAGACUAUGUGUGGCAAUGUGGGGCCGUCGCGGCGCAAGAUAAGGGCGAUUGGUGGCCUCCAGAAGUCCGAGUCGGCCUCCACAUGCACGGACACUUCCGAGACUGAUACGCUCGUCCAAGGGCAGCUGUGUAAAUCAAAGUCCGGCCCGAAUUGCUUCCCAUUCGAGGACGAUGACGAUGACGCGGACGCGGCCACGCUGCGGCCGUCGACGGUGAAGAGGAAUCCCAAUUGGGAGCGGAAGGGCGUGUCAAUCAAGAUGGAUUGCUACGAUGAGCUGCAGACGUCUUCCGACAGCACGCCGCUGAACAGCGCGGCGCAGCGCAACGGGGGCGACAGCGAUGAGGGUGUCGUGCUGCGGAAGCCACCAAAGACGGGCUCGACGGCGAUUAAGCGCAGAUCGGGCAACAGGCGCUCGCGGACGAAGCUGAAGCGGCGGUGCUCAAUCAAUGGCCACUUCUAUAACAGGGAGACGUCCUUCUUCACGCCACCCCGCGGCUCGAUGAUGAGCGUGUGGAUUACAUCGCUGGUGGACACAAAAGAGAUCAUAAAUCUGCUGCUGGAGAAGUACAAGGUGGACAGUCGGCCGGAGAACUUUGCCCUCUUCAUUGUGCGCGACAACGGCGAGCAGCGUCGCCUGAAGGAGGACGACUAUCCGCUUCUGGUGCGCGUGAUGCUGGGCCCGCACGAGGAUGUGGCCAGGAUCUUCCUGGUGGACUCCAGCGAGACGCCGGAGAUCAGCAGCGAGGUGGCGCAGUUCCUCAAUCUUUCGCUGUCGGAGUGUCGCUCCAUUCUCGAUCGCUAUGGCGAAGAGCAGGAGCGCGAAGUGGGCCGAAUUAGAGAGAAGUAUACAGAAAUGCGGAAGAGGAUCGUUCAGCGCAUGGAAUCUCUCAAAGUGCGCCUGUAAUAGAAUUACCCAAAUGAUAAUGAGAGGUCAUAAUUUUACUACCAUUUUAAGCACUAAUUUAAACUAGGUCUAUUAAUGCAAAAGACGUAUUGCAAUAAUCAAAGGUUUUUCUACAUAUCUACAUAUAUAUAUUUGCAUAAUUUUACAGAGAGAUUUUUUUUUUAAAUUUUUGCCGCUGUUUUGCAUGAAAGAAGGAAAAAAAGUGAACAAAUCGCCGUUUAUUGGCAACUCAGAUAAGGUUAUUCAACAGAGUGUAACGAAAUAAAUCGGUGAAAUUUCAUUAGCACUGGGAAUAACGUGUGAAUAUUUGCUACAAUGUGGUGUAAAAGUAACAAUUUAAAUUGAUUGCCCGAAUCUCAAAUCAUUCCUCUAAUAAUCAUUUCACCAAACUCAAAUUUACUUUCUCAACAGUUUUUCUUUUCCGCCAAAUUGGCUUGUCCCGUGAUUUGUGGAAUUGCUGGACAAACACACUAAUUUGCUCUAGUUUUAUGUAUAGAGUAAUGGAGAAAUUAAUAUUCAUAUUACUAAUGACUACCAAACAUAUUCAUUAUAUAAAUUUUAUGUAGUAAUGCUACUCCUCAAAUUUACGCCAAGGAAGUGUUUCCCUGCAGUUCGUAUUCAAUUAUAUUGUAGCGUACAAAGAAUUUAUAUUCAUACAGAGAAAGCAGAGUUUUUCUUUUUUAAUAUAACAAUGAUAAUAAAA